GUUCAGAAACAAACAGUAGCUCCCUCCACUGGACGGCAGAAUGACAAACAGAACUUACAAACAAAGGGAGAAGAUGAUCUGCAGCAUCCUGCUGCUCAUCACACUGACCUCCUGUGUCUCUGGAUCAUUUGUAGUGAAUGUGAGACAGAGCUCCUAUCAGGCAGAGGAGAACCACAACAUCACACUGGAAUGGACGUUCUCACCCAGAACAGACGGUUCCUCCAAGUCCAUUUUUAUCUUCUGUGAACUGUUAACUGAUCUCGGACCCUUCGCCCUGUUUGACCUACAUAAAGAUCUCGAGGUUCCACAGUCUCAGCAUGAAUGGUUUUCAGGACGAGUCCAGUUUGACAAAGACGUCCUCAGAGAAGGACGACUCAGACUCCACAUGUCCAGACUCAGGACUGCUGACUCGGGUCUGUACCUGUGUAGAGUUAACAUAGGUUAUGGGUGGAACUCUGGCCAAUGUCGCCUCAAUGUCACAGCAGCGAGGGAUCGGCCCAAACCUGAGACACCAAACACAGCAAGUGGAGGAAGAGAUGUUUCCAAGACAGGAAGUCCAUCAGAACCAGAGAGUCUUCUACUGUGGAUCGUCUUCUACUGUGGACUGGGACUGGGACUGUUAGUAGCAGGACUUCUGCUGGGUGUUUGUUACCGUUUAUUCAGGCAUUCCCGGAGUGAAAGAUGUCCGAGCAUUGUAGCUCCGUACAUUAGAGCUGCCUCUCAGAUAGAUAACAACUCAUGUGCCUCUGAGAUAGAAUUAGUUAACAGCUCAGCAAAUGGAUCAAAUUCAGGAUUUUCACAACCAACCGGGGAAACAGAAAAAUAGUAGUUCUCCAUUGACUGGCAGCUAAUAAUAACAACAGGUAACCAUAGCAACAUCUAUGAAGCUGCACUUGACAUUAAAUUCAUUUGGCUAAAACUUUUAUCCAAAGUGACUUACAACAAGUGAAUUUUAUUAUAUAUUUGUUUUUACUGUGUAUUGAGUUUUCUUUUAUUUUUUUACUAUGUUUAGGAGCCAAAAAACUAAACAAGUAACAUUUAUUAUUAAGAUAAAAUAUAUUGUUAGACUCUGGCUGACAUUUCUCAAUGCUGCCAACAAUGGCAUUACAUUUAUUAGCCAAAACUUAACUUGAAAAGUCAAAUAAACUAAAACCAACUAUGCUGAACUGCUUCAAGUUCUACACUAAGAGAAGAUAAGAGGAGUGUUUUUACAUUUUUUUUUUAACUUAACUUAAUGAAGUGUUAUGUACACUGACCUCAAAUGAUAAAGCACAGUUCACAGAAACCUUCUGCACAGAGUUUAGAAACAGUUCUAACUUUUACACAGAGCUUUUUUUUAAAUGCAUUUAAAUCAAAAUCUACACUUGCUGUGUUAUUUAAAAUGUUGUCUGUUAGCUGUCAUUCUUUAGUUGUAUGUGUGUGUCAAAAAGUCGCAUAGAAGCCAGUCUGUAAAAAUGUGAUUAAGGAAGUGAUCUAAAAUACGUGAUAUGUUAAUAUUAUUAACAUUAUUAAUGUGUUUAAUGUUAUUAAUAUUUUAUUUUAUAUAUGCCCUGUAAACAAGUGGGGACCUUUUUGCAAUAAACUCAGUUGAGUUGCUUUUUUUUCUUGCUGGCAUGUGACUUUUUGUUACAUCUUUUUAUAGA